AUGUUGGGUACUAACAACAAUCAUGAUGAAGAUCAUCGUUGGAGCCGCACAACACCACCGUCUUCACUUUCACCAUCACAUUUAUUUUCCAGUACCAAGACAAAAAAUGCUGUUUAUCGGCGACGACGAAUUUCUCCUCAAGACAUAUCACAUAAUGAGCCAUGGUUGUUUCAGAGCAUAAAUACCCGACCUCUUGUUGUACUACCACCAUCUCUGCCCAGUCUUUCGCUGCCAAAAGGUAAUACACCGCUUUUUUACUUAGAUCUUGACAGUUUGAAGAGUUUACUGCCCCAGUCCGAUGGUCGGCAUCACUUAAAAAGCAGCAAAAAACUUCACAAUAACUCUUUCGGAGAUAAUGGACCAUCCAGUCGAGACCACUUUGCUUCAUCAACAACGCUAGCGACAUCUAAUACUGAUCAUCUGAGUAGCAAAAAGCAUCGGGAUCGAAAUCGACGACAAAAAGUUGGUUUUGUAUCAAUGCAAAAAGUUCGUCGAAAAGGUUUACGUCUCGAUUCUGCCAUCGUACGGCCAUCUACGCAAGAGUUACUCGAUAGCGAUAUUGGUGAUCAUUUCUCACCGACGACCAAGAAUGUUCGGAAGAAGGUCAAGGUAAAGAAAAAGCUUUACUCGAAAGGCACACAUCGCUUUAAUACGCGACGGAGAAAAGGCAGGUUUUCCACGCUCAAUUGCGACUCUGAUGGCCAAAUUAUCAGUGAACUACCGGUGACAUUGUCUGAGGACUUGGAUGACGAGAAGCGCCAAAAAGAAAUGAUUGCAAUGCAUUUAAAUCUAUCUCUUGAAGAGUACGAACACUUAGAUGCAGCAUUUGGAAGUAACGCGCAGCCCAGCUUGGCGUCAGAGGACGAGGGAUCGCUAACAGAUCGAUUUUACGACGAAUUUCAAGAAUUUGACGUCGAUAAUAGCGGCUCAAUAUCGCCUGUUGAGUUGCGUCAGCUACUUCUGGCCUCGGGUGAAGACAUGGACGAUGCAGAGCUCACCUCAGUCAUUCAACAAGCCGAUACGGACCAUGACGGUGAAAUCAAUUUUCAAGAGUUCAUUGCUUUCAUGCGUGCUCGAAAGCGACUUCUUCAAGUAGCUAAUCAGAUAGGAAAUACAAACAGCGGACCUCUAAGCUCAAAUACUACAGCUGCAAAUUCUGGCCCGGAAAUGGCAACUUCUAUUGGGCACCAAUUGCCUCCUUUAAAGCUCGCUCUUCGACAUACCAAACGUCAUCGACCGCACCAAAAUCGAGCACUUGUCGCUGCUCGCUCAACGCCGUCAUGUCUUCGCCCAGGAUCAAAAGUAGAUUUGAGUGACUUGCGACGAGAACUUGCCUUAUCCGAACUUGGCAUCCAAGAGCUUAACUCCAAGGUCCGCGAGGGAUUGCAUUGGGUCCAGCAGCAUUGUCCAGUACGGUCUAUAAAGGCCCAGAUUUUCUGCCACCGGUGGGGGAUGGAAAAGAUGCACCAACUUUUUGUGCGACUGCAUUCACAACAGCUCUCUCGAGGGUUUCGUAAAUGGCAUGCAUUUCUUAUGUUCGAACGCAACAAGGUUAAAGCCAACAAAUUUCUCAAGUGCAAAGGCAGUCAAAAAAUGACGACGAUCAUGAAUAGGUGGAGACGAAAAGUUACACGACAGAAGUUUGCUUGUUGGAAGACUAUGUGUAUCAUUGAUGCUUAUAACGAGCAGGACUCUGCGGCUAUAGAAAUUCAGCGUGUCGUACGUGGAAGUUUUGCUUGUGUUUUGCGGCAUCAACUUAAACAAGAAGUCGCAAUUUUGCACCUUCAGGCAUUUGUUCGAGGUCACUUAGCAAGGUCAUUGGUGAGUCAAAUGCGGCGGUCAAUGAUUGAGAACGAAGCUGCAUGCCUGUUGCAGCGUUGCUACCGCGGUUAUAGUGGUAAAGUACUCGCUCGAGCACUUUUUAAAGCACAACGUGAAACCCUCGCAGCUUGUCGUAUCCAGCGUACGUUCAGAAAUUUUCAGCAACGUGAGCUUCUGCGUGUAAUUCAGCUUAUCAAAAUUAAAAAUGAAAGCGCUAUUGUGAUUCAGUGUUGUAUCCGUGGUCAUCUUGCACGGCGGGAGCGCAGACGUCGAAUAGCUUACCGAAAGCAAAGACGUAGUGCACAAUUACUUCAAAUGUAUGUAAAGGGCUUUUUGGCACGUUGCCAUGUACGCAACAUUAGAAAGCAAAUUUGUGCUGCCCUGACUAUCCAGUGUUUCUUUCGAGUAUGUCAGUCUCGCCGUCGAGUGCACAGUUUGAGAGCCGAAAGACGAUUUCAAGAGAGACAAAUAUGUAAAUAUACUGCAGCUAUUCAAAUCCAGACGCGUGGACGUUGUUAUAUUACGCGGAGGUACUAUCUGCUGGACAAGCAAUGGCGAGAGGUGACUCUGAAGUUGAAAGAUUAUCAACGAUUGAUCAGUGCUGUGACUAUCCAGUCACAUUACCGUGGAUACGUUGCUCGUCGUUGCGCACAGCAUGCUCGAUCUGAAAGGCUGAAAAUGUUGCAUUUGAUUCUUGUGAACAGAAGCGCUUUGAAAAUCCAGGCCUUUUGGCGUGGGUAUCAUGGUCGCUUGGCAUAUCAUCUUCGACUGCAAGCGCGGAUAUCUCAACGACAUAAGGAGAACGAGGCAGCAAAGCGUAUUCAAGUCGCUGCGAGAGGAAAACUUGCUCGGAAAGAACGCUUUCGACUUGAACAAGAACGGAGAAGACUCGCAUUGCAGCAAGUGGACGCAGUUCUUCGGAUUCAGAAGGUGUUGCGCGGAAAACAAGCUCGGAAAUCGGUGCAGGCGCUUCGACAACAACACCGAGAAAAUGCGCGUCUUGCACUUGAGCGCUUGAUUCUUGAAACUAAGACGCGCGCCGCAAUUAAGAUUCAAAGCUGUGCUCGACGGUACCUUGCGCGGUGUCAAUAUUUCUUGAUCAAAGAACGGCAUAAACAGCUUGAAAAGCUUCGGAUCAAGCAAAAGCAUGGAGCAAUUGUUAUUCAAUGUGCUUACCGGUGUGCUGUGGCUCGAUACUUGCUGCUGCAGCGACGUCGAGAGUUUGAUCAGCGAGUCUCGAUGAUGGCAUUCGGGAAGGCUCAAAAGGAAAUUGAGAAACUGCGGAAGGACCAAGAGGAAGACAUUGGGAAGCGUAAGACCCAGUUGCUUGCUCAUGCAAAUAGUGCUAGUAACGAAGCCGCAAGACUACGGAAUGAGCUUGCUCAACGACGCGAAUUAGAUGACUCUCGUCCUAAAGAGGUGGCUCAGGAAUUAGCACGUCUCCCUUCGGAGACGUUGAUGCCACAGCGCGAAAUUGACGCUUGUUCUGAGUUAACCCAGCAACGUUUGUCUGAGAAAACAGAUCCCGGCAAGCAGGCACAACAAGACAGGGAGACUGCUUCGCAUACCCAAAAGAAUGAGGUGGCAACAUCAAAUUUCUCGACGAUGCUGGUGACACAAAGAGAAGAUGUGCGGCAGGAGGCCGAGCAUAUAAAGCAAGAUGCAUUAGAGAUACAGAAAGGUCGAGCACAGAUGAAAAUGCAAGGAGUUUGCUUGAAAUACGUAGCGAAAAAGCGGAUUGAGAAGCUGCAAAAGAUUCAACUGACAGCCCAAACUAGCAUGCGUGGUGAGGAGCAGCCCUUGAGACUAAGAGCGGAGCAGCAGUCGGAAUCGGCCCUAGCGAAGAAAAAGCAUGCAAUGGAUACAGAGGCUCGCGUUCGAGAACAGGAGAUGAAAGAGCUUGAAGUUCAAAUGCGUGAACGUGAAAGAAAGGAAAAGGAGCAGAUUGCUCUGAUUAACACGUCGACGAGAAAAAUACAGAAAUGUGCUAGACGCUUUUUGGCACGAAAGCGCGUGAAAGACAUUCAGCACAGAAUCAACAAAAGACGUGAAGACCGCGCAAAGUCAAUGCAAGAGACAAUUAAAGCAGCUGAAGCUAAAGAGGCUGAUGCGAUUUUUGAUGCAAAUGACAGCGAGCUUAAAGCUAGUGAAGAUUUGGAUGAGACAAAAGCUGAUGAAUGGAUCGAGUAUUGGGACGAGAAUGCGCAAGCGUCGUAUUUCUACAAUAUCCGAACACAAGAAGCAAGCUGGACUCGGCCAUCAUCAACACUAUCUGCAAAUGCGAAGGACAAUGACAUGGAGGCGACGGAGAGAGAUACGCGCGAGCAGAACGCAGUCGCUGAAUAUACAAAUGAUGUCACGAGCUCUGAAGACGCUAAUGGAAGCCGUAAUGCAGAUAGCACAGCCAAGAGUUAUGAAGACGAGUACGGCUACUACGAUCAGCACGGCCAGUACCCUUACUACGAGCAGAACAAUGGUGCUUUCUUUAACACCGCGGCACGUGGGCAGAUGCAGCCAAACUAUGCAGCAGAAGCUGCAGCUAAUUAUGCAUAUCAGACUAUAGCAGCGUUGGCUUACGGUCAAGCGAUGAUGUACGGAACGCCAGUGAUGGGAUUUGGUCAUUCAAGCAUGGCUCAUCAAUAUUCUCAAGCCCCGGUAUUAGGACAACCAACCGAGAUCGCAAAUGUCGGAGAAGCAGUCCCAUCCGAUCCAUGGGAGAAAUUUUACGAUCAGUACACUGGUGCAGCUUAUUACUACAACAAUAUCACUGGAGAGCAAUAUUGGGCUUAG